AUGGAUACAUGUCGUGUGAAAAAUCGUGUGGUAAACAACAGCAUUGACAAACAAAAACAAGCAAUCACUCUUGUCUUUCUCGCUGCUAUGUUUUCUACGAAAACAGACUGGCUUUGUGUCUACGCCAGAAAUCUCAAGCUCAAAGGGAAAACUGUGGUGAUAUUUUCAGGUAACAUACGGGUUUUCUAUCGAAUUCGGCCUCAGCUGGGUGAUGUUAACGAAAAUCCCGCGGUGACAAUUGAUGAAAUGGAUACCGGUGUUGUUCAUCUGGCUCAUCCGAGUGGUCGAAAAACUAGUGACGGAGCGGAUUUUGUGAUACCAAUGGAAUAUACACAGGAACAGAUCUUCUCCAAAGUAUCACCGAUUAUCACUAGCUGUAUUGAUGGCUAUAAUGUUUGUCUAUUCGCCUAUGGACAUACAGGAAGCGGAAAAACCUACACAAUGGAGGGUCCACCAUCCGAUCCAGGAAUCAAUCAACGAGCAAUCAUGCAACUAUUCGAAGCUGCCGGUUGUGUUAAUGGAGAUAUCGACUAUCAGAUUGAUGUGUCCAUGAUAGAAAUCUACAACGAGAAAAUCAGGGACCUUCUCUCACCAACAGGACUGUCAAGUUCGCCGUUGUCGAUCCGAAUGGGGGAAGAUGGACGGUUGUCAAUUCCUGGUUUACGUGAAGUACGAGUGACAUCUGUGGAAAACGUCGUUGAAGUCUUGGAAGAAGGACGUCGCAACAAGGCAGUGGCAGCCACCGAGCAGAAUGCACAUUCUAGUCGAUCACAUGUGAUUGUACGAGUUGUCGUGACAUCGAAGAACAACAUUACUGGUGUAACCACAGUAGGUCGGCUGAAUUUGGUCGAUCUGGCCGGGUCCGAACGGGUCUCACAGACAAAUGCCACCGGUCAAUUACUCAAAGAGGCACAGGCGAUUAAUAAAUCUUUAUCAGAAUUAGGUAAUGUUGUAUUGGCGCUUCGACAAAACCAGAAACAUAUUCCGUUCCGGAAUUGUCAACUCACGAGAAUUCUCGAAGAUAGCCUUAGUGAGUUUCAUGGCGAUAGUAAGACGCUGGUAAUCGUCCAUCUUUCACCGGAUAUGGCUUAUUGCAACGAAAGUGCAAGUAGUAUCAGUUUUGCCGAAAAAAUCGGUCAAGUCCAAACAAAACUCCGACGGGACAGCGCUAUACGAAAAAGUGGUCACGGUUUGAAGUGA